UUUUCGAUGGAAAAAAGGUUUAAAUGUCACCAUUCACUGGGCUUUAUCCCAAUUGGAAGAAACUGGUUCAUGCUUGAGAAUAAAGAAAGAGCCGAGAUAGAUGAUACAAGGAACAAGAUAAUGACUUGCUGUAAAACGAACUCUAAUGAAAACCUGCACUACAGUGGUACGACAAAUAUGUGGUACGUAUGGCUUAGACUGGCUAUAGGAAUUACCGUUCUGUGUAUACUAGUACGAUGCUGCUGUCUGAUGGUGAAAUACAAAUUAAACUAAGAAAACAAGAACCAUACAAAUUACUGCUAUAACAGGAUAGUGGGUCACUUAUACAAUUGUUCUUUAUUGCAAUUUGAAAGGUACUGUAGCAGUCUUCUGGAAAAACGACCAAGCUACCAUGCAUGAGCCCAAUUAGCGCACAUUUUCUACCAAAAAUUUGAGCUGAAUGAAUGUAAUUCAUCCUCGCGUGGCCGGAAAACGACAGCACUUACAACACGGGUGUUUAUACACCUGGUAACAGCUUACGAGUUACUAUGUAUUUUACUUAAUGGGAGCUGCUAUAAUAAAGAUACAAUUGUAGAGAUAAUCCUAAUGUUAAAUUUAUAUUUGUUGUAUAAUUCUCAGUCAGCACCGGUGCAUAAGAUCAUUGAACUUUCAAAAAGAGUGUUUAUUUAAUAUAACAUUAACUAUUAAUGAUUUUGUACAUUGUGCAUUGCCAUCAUUGUAUGUUGAAAUUUUAAUAUUUAGUUAAAAUCUAUUAUCAGUAAACCCAACCCAAAAGAAAACUGUGUCAAGUUGUCUCAUUUUAUUGAAAAAAACUGCUGCAAUAUAAAGUGAAGGCUGCACUAAGAUUUAAACAUGUGUCGUAAGUAAGAAUUAUAUUUUUAGGAAAAGUUAGUAAAUUUAUUUCAGUUCCAAUGCUUUACAUGAUUUUAUUUUAAGACUAUCGAUAUGAAUAUCUAUCUUUACAUAACUUUUAUUCAUUCAAAUACAUUAAUGAAGAUAAAAAUAAUUACAACGAAAAUAGGGAAACUUGCAACAACAGCAAAGUCAUUCUUAACACACCAUUGGUGAAAGCUACAUUGAUUAAAAAAUACAGCAUACAAAUUCAAAUAAUCCUUAAUUAUAAACAAAUUAUUUAUUAUCAAAAGAAAUUUUGAGCUGAAGUACAAUAAAGUGAUGUUUAUCUGUAAAAACACUCAAAAAAAAUGUAUCUUGUUAAAAUAAUCGGAAAAAAAUAUUAUGAAAAAAUUAUACAAUUUUUCUUUUAACUCUUUCAACACAAUAGCAUUUAGUUGAAUAUGAAAUGACUUGACAUUUUAAAAAUAGGUACGAGGUAAUGUGCUGGCUUUGUUCGGUAAAUAUUUGCCCAACAGUAAACAUGAUUGCAAAGACAACACAGACAUGGCCUUUGAGAAGUGAGGUCAGAUGUAGGUGUAUUACACAAUCAUUGUGAAAUGGUCUAUUUCUACCACAUGUUCUGUUUUAUGUUUGCUACAUAACAGCAAUAAACCAAUCUUCAGAAUAAGUAUAUCCGUUGUGCAAAGUAGCAGAUAAAACUGUUAUUAAAAUUAGUCAUUAAAAGCCUGUACUUUUAAUAUUGAUGAAAAUGUGUCUUCAAUUUAUUUCUGUUCUGGUGAUUCUGUUCUUAAUGCAUGCAAGAUGGGCACAUGCAUAUGAAUACUGUGGAGAUGGUUAUUAUUGCAGAGAUUCUGGCAGUAAGAUACAAUACUGUUGUGGUAAGAACAGCACAGGAACCCCAUUCUGUUGCUCCUACACUGCAUUCUGGGGCAUGUGGUAUUUCUGGAUGGGCAUGUCUCUUGUAUUUGUAAUUGUGAUUGUUGUACUGAAGGAAUGUUACAAAAUGAUGAAAAAAGUGUGCAACAAAACACCAGUCCAGCUACAAACAGAAACAGUUACAACCGCGCGUCCCAAUGCACAGGACAAUCCAGCAUUUCAGAAACCAAUGUCCGAUGCUCCACCUUCAUACCAGGAUCUCCAACAUUUAUACGGAGAUAUUUUAUACCCUCAAUCAAACUAUGAAGAUGAUACAUUAGGUCCACCUCCUGCUUACCCAGGGUUGCAGACACAAGACACUCGUUGCCCAAUAAUAAGCCAAUUGACAAUACAAACAGAAAACAACCAACGCAUUCCAAACUCUAUUACAGAAAAUGUAUCUAAUUCAAACCGAACAAAUUUAACGUAAAACAUUUUUUAAAACUAUUGGCUUUUGCCUUUAAUUUUAUUGUUUUAUUUCAAUCUUGAAACCUUUAUUUUCUGUAAAAGUUGUUAUUUUAGAAGGUAUGUUAUACAGAACAUUAAAUUAUGUUGGGACUAUAAGGUGUAUGUGUGUUUAAAAAAUACAUAGAGCAUAAAUUAACAGCAAAGUAUUAAACAAAUUAAAAAUUACUUGCAUUAUAAUUUAAUGUAUUAGGUGUUUAAGUUCAGAAUUAAAUAAUACUUCUGAUGCUAAUGGAACAGAAGUUAUAUAUACACGAAGUAAUUACUAAUAUAUACACAAGGUAAUUAUGAGUUGAAUAUUAACAGUGUGGCUAUAAAUCAAACCCACAACCUAUUACUCCUACCUUGUUCUCUUUAAAAUCUACACAGCUGUCAUGCAUUCAUGUUUUAGUUAAAUCACAUAGCCUACAUUCUGAGUAGAUGCUUUUCCACAUAAACCUUUGCUAAACUCAUAAAUCAAAACAAUAGAAAAAUUAUAGUGAUAAAAUAUUUAAAAAAAUUAAUGAGAUAUAACAUAUAACCUUAUGUAUGGAAAAACUUUGAGUUUGAGUUGUAGCAUUUGAAUGCAAACUUUUUCACUUUUAACUUUUUACAAAGUGAGGUUCCUGUAUCUCCAUUCUCCACCUAGUGCUGGAUUCCAUUUAAAUGUUCAAACUAUGAGAGGAGUUCUCGCAUGGUUUUUGAACAUAGGAGUGGUAGCCAUAUGUAGGAUCUAGAUAUAAUAAAAACACAUGUGCAAACCAAAGUGAUAUCUUGUUUGUUUUUAGGGUAUAGAUUGUUAAAAAUAGAAAAUAUUUUACACAAAUCCGACACUUUGUUAGUGUAUUUCAUGACUUGGUUAGGGUAUAUAGAUGCAAAACCAAACACCAAAACUUAAGUUGCGACAAUGCAUAAAUAUUUACUUUUCUAUAUUAUGUGCAAACAAAAAUCCUAAAUGUUGACUUGUCUGUAUAAAUUACAAAUCAAAAUAUUUCGACUUGCGAAUAACGUUUGUAGGU